AUGUUACGGGGACAUUUAAUUUUUGGUAAAACAGCAACAAUAUUUUCUGUUAAAGCUAUUUUUUGUCCAAUGCUUAAGUUUCCUCUAAACAGCAGAUCAAUGUCUAAUUCAACGUGGCAGGAUUCUAUACACCAUACCAUCCCACCGACAAGUUUAUCGAAUGCAGAAAGGCCUUUGAUUAAAAAAAUAGCUGUAACAGAAAAGAUUGUUGCUGUUUUACCAAAAAUUAAAUGUCCCCGUAACAUUGAACCACAUCAAAUCCAAGUCUUUGACUUUAUUGAAAUAUUUCCUGUAAUACAGUGGUUAGUGAAGAGAUCUUUAGAAUGUCGCGAAGAAGUUGCUGCAUUUGUAAGAGCUUGUGCAAUUUAG